AUGGCCAGCGAGGUCCACCACCUGUUUCACGGCCCCAUCGCCGACCACUCCUUCUCGGCCGACCAGCAGACCCUUGCUGUCACGCGAGACUCUGCCGUCGAGCUGUACGGCCGGGCUGGGAACACCUUCAAGCUCCAGGACGAGCUCAAGGGCCACGACAAGACCGUCACCAGCGUCGAUAUCGCCCCCCACAGCGGCCGCAUCGUCUCGUGCUCCCAGGACCGCAACGCUCUCGUCUGGGAGCCCUCGCCCACGGGUUACAAGCCGACGCUCGUCCUGCUGCGCAUCAGCCGCGCCGCCACCUUCGUCCGCUGGUCGCCCAACGAGACCAAGUUCGCCGUCGGGUCCGGAGACCGCCUGAUCGCCGUGUGCUACUUUGAGGAGGAGAACGACUGGUGGGUGUCGAAGCACCUCAAGAAGCCGAUCCGCAGCACCAUCACGUCGGUCGACUGGCACCCCAACUCCGUGCUGCUGGCUGCGGGCUCCACCGAUGCCCACGCCCGCGUCUUCUCGAGCUACGUCAAGGGUAUCGACCAGCGCCCCGAGCCCACGGCCUGGGGUGAGAGGCUGCCCUUCAACACGGUCUGCGGCGAGUUCCUCAACAACUCGGCCGGCUGGGUCCACUCGGUAGCCUUCUCGCCCAGCGGUGAUAGCCUCGCCUUUGCCGCCCACGACAGCAGCAUCACUGUCGUCUACCCCAGUUCCCCCGAGCAGCCGCCCCGCGCCGUCGUCACCAUUGCCACCCAGCUUCUCCCCUUCAAGUCGCUCCUCUGGAAGGCCGAGGACGAGAUCAUUGCCGCCGGCUACGACUGCGAGGCCUUCCGCUUCCGGGGCGGCGAGACUGGCUGGCAGAUCACCGGCACCGUCGACACACGCAACCCCGCAGCCGACGACGGCGAGCAGAAGGAGGAGUCUGCCCUCAAGAUGUUCAAGCAGAUGGACCUCAAGGGCAAGGCCAAGGACGACACCCAGCUCAAGACGAUUCACCAGAACACCGUGACGCGCAUCCGUCCCUUUGGACCUUCUGGUAGCGGAGUGUCCAAGUUUAGCUCCAGCGGAGUUGAUGGCAGGGUUAUCGUCUGGAAUGCCUAG